UUUCAUUAUGAGUACAUGAAACCUAAGUAUGACUGCGGCACAAAGUUGUUGUUCACAGACAGCCUCCGUUAUGAGAUCAAGACUAACAACAUUUAUCAAGAUAUGCUGGAAGAUAAAUGGAUAUUAUCAUCCAAAUAUGCACAAGGCCAUCCAUUGUACAGUAUCAGAAACAAGAAAGUCCUUCGGAAAAUGAAAGACGAAACACAUGGUAUUCAAGAGUUCAUUGGUUUGAGGCCAAAGAUGUACUCUAUGCCAUACAUUGAAACCAACAAGCUGGUUGAGAAGAAGACAGCUAAAGGGAUAAAAGAAGUCAGUGGAUAA